CUUUUCGGUUAGUAUACUUAUCUUUUCUCAUUCUACCUUCUCUUCCAUGAGUUUUCUCUUCUUCUCCGUUGAUAUCACACAGUCUGCAAUUCUAUCUAUAUCACUCACUAUCUCUCUCCGUCAUUUGUUACCGCCGCAAUAAAUCGGUCGUCGCCGGCCAGUCGGCCACCAUCACUCACUUCUCUCUGCUUCACACCUAGUACUUGAGGCCAUUGUGAGGCCAUUGUGUAGUUUUCUUGUUUUGCUCGAUUAUUUCAUCUCCCAAAUGCAUCCUCAAAGCCUCUCUUUCUCUUUCUCUAAAACCCUAAACCCUAAUCUUAUCCCCUUCCCUUUCCACCCUCUCCUUCCCGCCUCCCAUAAGCCUAUCAAACUCAAACUUCACUGCCAAAUUAUCCCCAAAUUACCCGCCCAAAAUGCCACCCACCGCCUGGACUUCCGCACUUUCGCCGGACGGAGCAAAGGAAAGUCUGGAGGAAGCAUCGACGGCGGCGCGGAUCUCCUCCGGGAGUCCAAGCGGAAUGCUCGCCGGAGAAGCAAGAAAAUGGCGGAGAGCCUAUUUUACCGAUUGAAAAAUCCCCACAAGAACUACCCGGAUAAUUUUUCGGAGGAGGAGCUCCAGAUGAUUGGUUUGGGGUAUGAUAGGUUGGUGAGGUUCAUGGACAAGGACGACCCUAAUUUGAAGCACCCGUACGAUUGGUAUAAAUAUGGCGAAUUCGGGCCCUACUCCUGGCGUGGGAUCGUAUUGGGCGACCCCAUUCGCGGCGACUUUUCCGACGAGCGAGUGACGAUGAUUGGCGAGGUCAGGGAUCAGGAGGAGUGGGAGAAGAUUGAGCAACAUGACAUGGCGAGGGAGUUUCAGAGGAGAUUGGACGCCAUGGAUAAGGGCAGGAAAAAGAGGUACUUUUGGGUGUUUGUGAGGCAUCCGAAAUGGAGAGUCUCUGAUUUGCCAUGGCAGCAGUGGACAUUGGUGUGUGAGGUAGCUCUUGAAGCAGGGGAUCAGAGGUUGGAUAAGUGGACGUUGAUGGGAAGGCUCGGGAACAAGGCGCGCGCUAUGAUCACGCAAUGUGCUGCUUGGAUGAGGCCCGACAUUAUAUAUGUCAAGAGGCCAGUUUACCAGUGCAGGUUCGAGCCACAAGAUGACUUUUUCCAGCCUCUGGUGCCGUUGCUUGACCCAGAGACCGAGAAGGACUACAUGUGUGAGCUGGUGAGGGAUGAUGGCAGUGUGGAGAUGUGUACGUAUUUUGGAGGGUUGUGUAAGAUUGUGAGGAUCAGUCCGAAAGCUUUUGUGGAUGAUGUGACUAACGCAUAUGAGAAGUUGAGCGAUGAUGACAAGUCCAAGUGCUUGGAGUUCUUGCUGGGAAAUCAUCCAAUGCUGCUCCUGCAUCCGUAUACGAAAGAGUGGAAGGCAAAGUUGGAGGAAAUGGAGUUGGGUUGUGACGCUCCUGAUGAUGAUGAUGAUGGUAGAAAGAAGGUUGGGGGUGAUUUUAUAGAUUGGGUUGAGGACGAGGGGAACGAUGAGGAGAGGAAUGUUGAUGAUGAUGAUGAGGAGGAGGAUCCGGAUGAUGUGAUUCUUGAUGUAAAAGAUGCUGGGGAUGAAGUAUUAGGAAUUCAAGAAUAUGAACCAGAGGAAGAUGAUAAGUAUUGGGAAGAGGAGUUCAAGAAGGCUCUGAGAAGCAAUGAGGCUAUGGAGAAACUUGUAGAGAAAAGUAUAGAUGCAACGGAGAAGUAUUACGAGGAUAUGGGGAUACAAAAGAAGGAAAGAGAAGAGGGAGAUGAGCUAGAAAUGCGAGGUAAAAGGGCUAAAGUAAGCCAGGAAGAAUGGAAGCGGCUUGGUUAUGGGCCGUAUAGGAAGAAGGUGAAGAAGAGCAGGGUUCCACCGGGUUUGUUUUUACGCGCAGCUGUUAGACCUUUUACUUACAGAAAUCUUGUUAAGGAGAUUGUUCUUACCAGACAUGCCAUAUUGGAAGGGGAAGUUGGUAGAGAGAAAUGAGGUUUUGGCCAUUGGAAUGUAAUUGUAAAAACAUUUGUUCAAGGUUGAGGUUCAACUGUGUUGUCUGAUGUAAUCAAUUAUUUCCAAUGAAUUGAGUUUGCUCUGGUGAUGAAUUGUGUUUC